CAUCGAUAUAUUAUUGUUUUAAUGAUCGUAAUUAUAUAAAGAACAAAAAAAAAAUUAUUUUACAUUUAAUUAAUAACGAAUUAGAAAACUUUAUUGUAAGCGAUCAAAGUUUAUUAGUUCUACUGCGCAAACGCCAAAAUCUAAUCGUGAUUUGCUUGUGAAAUAUCACAUAAGUACCAGAGUAUAUUUAUGGUGUGAACGAUGAAAAAACGUGCAGUAUAAUAAUCAUAAGGAAAAUUUCGUAUAUUUUUAUUUUGUGAUAAUAUCUUUCAAUCUAUUUCAUAAUAUAUUGAAGUCUUCAAAGUUUCAAUGAUAUCAAAAUUAAUUUCAACGUUAGCCGGUGUUUUAAUAUAAUAUCACGAUUUAUUUAAAUAAUAUAAAUAUUUUCGAUCGGUAUUUAAUUAUCGAUACGAUAUUGAAUUAUUUUCUUUUCUUUAUUGAAAAGAGAUCAAUCGUAUUAUGUACUUACAUUUGUAAACUUAUAUAUGUACGUUAAAAAGAGUAAAUAUAAUCUUCAGGGAUAUAUCGAUAAUUUUUUAUAUUCCAAACAAAAUGUCCACAUUAAUAUUGCGAACUGUUAGUUGUUUAAGUAGAUCACCAAAGCAUAUUUUAAGUAAGGUUAGGCAAAUCAGUACAUCAACUGUUCGUCGAGAAAACGUACCGUCCAACGUUGAAAAAAGAAUUAAAAAGAAAUCUCCGAUAACAUGGAAAUCUUUGACAGUUACGACAGUUCUUGGAAGUGGUCUUCUAUUAUAUUUAUAUUAUUUGAAAAGAGAAAAAGAAAAGAUAGAGUUACGUGAAAGAAGACGACAGUUAGGAAAAGCUUCCAUAGGUGGAAAGUUUGAGCUACUUGAUAGCGAAGGGAGAACUGUUAAAUCAGAUGAUUUCUUAGGGCAAUGGGUUUUAAUCUAUUUUGGUUUCACUCAUUGUCCAGAUAUUUGUCCGGAUGAACUUGAAAAAUUAGCACUUGUUGUAGAUCAGUUGGAAGAAGAACAUAAGUUAAAAGUUCAACCACUUUUUAUAUCCGUUGAUCCUGAAAGAGAUACUCCUGCCAUAGUAGGAAAAUACAUAAAAGAAUUUUCACCUAAAUUUAUUGGUCUUUCUGGUUCUCCUGAAGCAAUUGGAAAAGUUUGUAAAGCUUAUAGGGUAUAUUAUAGUAAUGGGCCUAAGGAUGUGGACAAUGAUUAUAUUGUUGAUCACACUAUCAUAAUAUACUUAAUAGAUCCAGAAGGUUUAUUUGUCGAUUACUAUGGACAGACUCAUCAAGUCGAACAGAUAGUUAAUAGUAUAAUAAUCAAUAAGUCAAAAUAUGAUCAAUAUGUAAAGAGUGCAAAAUAAUUCUUUGCUAUUGUAAAUGAUUAUUGUACGUGUAACUGAUUGUGUAACAUAGUUACUUAUGUUGCUA